AUGGACGUGUGUAAACGUUUAAGGGCUGCUAAAACCUUUGAAAAUUACAUGGAAAUCAGCCAAGAUUUGGCUAAUAACUCCGAAAUUGUACAAAAUAUUCAGUUCAACAUGUCCACCAUAAUUGCUUUGAAAAAUGUCCGAUCUCUUGAAAUUGAGUACUUUAACAAAUGCGAUGAUACUGGUGCGGUAAUCAAAGUGUUGGAGAGGAUGUUCGAGCUACCCGGAUCCAAAAUUUGGCAUAUGCUUGGUAAAGAGGUCAUUUCUCUCAUACAAUAUUGGCUGGAUGCCGUAAGAAAACAUCUCAUCACUCAUAACAUCAAUUGGUGGUUGUUUCUAAAACAACUACUGAUUUUCGUAAAGCAAAUAACAGAAAAGCAUCCUUCACUGAACAACAUAUUAAUAGAAGAAACAGCAGAGAGUCUCCUAGAUCUAGCAACAAAUGGCAAACUGGAUGUAAUACAGAGACAUGCAGUGCUUCACACUUUCAACAUUUUCAGUGCAAAUUCUUCCAGGGAGAUAAGAUUGGGUUUCAGAAGUCAAUUUGAGCAUUAUUUCAUAAGACUGGCAGCAAUCAUGUCAUCCUGUGGUCACCUCCCAACCCAGUACAGUAUCAUAGAAACCCUUCUCCGCUGGUUAUUACCUCGCCAGGAUCAGGCAUUGCGAAGAGAGUCAGCCAAUAAAUGGUUCCCACCACAUUUGUACAGGCAGUCUUCUGUUGACAUCUUCUUGGAUAGACAGUGGAUUAAUUUUAUUCAGGACGCGCGAGACUUCCUCAACUCUCACAACGAGAAAAACGAAUUGAUCACUUCCAUAAUCUGCAGCAAGCUGUCUGUGGGCAGAAUUAACAUUCUUUCGGGCACGGAAAGACGUCAAUCAUGGCUGGAUAUUAACUCCACCAGCCGAUGUAUGUCGAUACUGCUGGACCCACUCCUGCUGGAAGCCGCAGGCUUUCCCAACUACACCUCAUGUGAGGCCCUAGUCGUCAGUGAUGAUAAUGUUAUUGAGGUUAAGCUUUUUAGAGAAACAGUGGCAGUGACAAUAUCAGCAACGACCACAUCCACCCCUCAAGUGCUACCCUCGAACCUGGACAUUUUCGGUGAAGAGCGAGUCGUCAAGAUCACCGUCAGCUCAAGGGGAGAUUUAUUGAUGGUCGACAAAGCUCUAAGGGCUGUGUUUCAAGACAAGUACCAGGUACUUUUGGACUUCGACAAUCUGACGUGUUUCUCUCCCAUUACGUACACCAGUGCCAAACGAAGAAGCAGUAGAUUGCAUGACAGACUAGCCGCACUACCAAGUCACACAUUUGAUAAAAAACUAGUAAGCGUAUGCUUCCGCCCUGAACUAUCAGAUGUGACUGAAUUCGCCGAGUCUGAAUACAGCCUUAAUUCAACCACCAGCACUCUUAAGCUCAGAUCCUCAGGCUACUGCCAUAGAAAAAGGUACAUUAACGAUAACAGAAAUUCUCAGAGUGAUAGUGAUCUUGCGAGAAACCUAAAUAUUAAUCAAGAAAAAUUUAUCAAACAGUCUCAAAUACUAAAAGGAUCACAAAGUGAUGCUGAAGAUGUCAUAUACAAAAGAGACAAGCCAAAAGACGAUCGUGUUAACAGCUCUUUAUUUGUAGCCACAAUAGGAUCAACGGAUGAAUCGGUAAUUAACGCUACAUUGGAAAGAAUACCUAAAAACAAAAAUGUUAAUACUGAUAAUUUGAUUGAAUUACUUGUACGGGAAGCUUUGAAAGGUAAAGGUAAUGAAACAGAAGUAUUUGAUAGCGGCAUUAAUACUGGGGAUGGUAAUAAACAAGAUGGUUUAGGAGAAUAUAGUGAGGCCAUUGAUAAUACUCUACAAACAAAACAGAAGGAACUCACGAUUGUUAGCAAGUCUACAUCAGACGAAUCUAAUACUGAAGCUAUCAAUGAUACUCCCAUGACAUAUGUCAACGUUCGUAAAAGAAAUUUGCGUAAAAAAUCUAUAGUUAUUGAUGAAGAAGUUGUCGUAAAAAGUCCCACUUACGACGUUCAAACAGUAGAAGAAUUUUUCUCACAACAUUUUACUGAGAAUAAGACUGGAGAUUUAAUUAUAAGCCCAACAUUGGCAAAGAAAAUCAACGUGACUAGUUCAGAAACAAGCGAAGAUUUCGAUCAAUGUCUUCUAUCAAAUGACAAAGUGAAUAUUGAAAAAUUGCAGGAUAUGGAUAUAAUUGAAUGCUUAAAUAGUAUAGUGGAUAAAGUGUGUAAUAAGUUUGAAAAAUGCACAGAGUAUUUGGAACGAGAGAUCAAUGAUUGUGAAAUUUUAAACUUGGAUGGUGUGCAAGAAGAAGAGAACAAUGUGCCUUUACAUGAUAUUUCGAACUCGGAACAAUAUAAGAAAGUUAACGAACGAGAUCUGACAAAAAAAUCUCGAGGGCAAGGUAAAAGAAAAAUAAAACUAAGGUACUCUAUGAAAAAGCAAAAGUCAAAAUCAAAGAAAACUUGUGAAAAUAAGCUUCCUUUGGAACCUGUAUCAAAAAUGUCAACAAUAGUCGAAGUGAAUACAGAUACUGAUGUUUCUAUAACGAAAGAUAAUACAGGCAAUAAAGCAAACGACUCUUCUGAUAACAAAAACAAUGUAAAUAACUCAGUUAUUCGUCGAAAGCGUAAACUAUAUUCACCAAAAGAUGAUAAUGUAAUGUAUGUUGAAAACAACGAAUCUGAAAAACAAAAAACCCCGAACGAUGAUGUUAGUAAAUCGAAUGCUGAUAGAGUUAUAGGCAAUUGCAAAAAAGAAAAUGCUAAUGCAGCCAUGUGCUAUAGAGAAUUAGAAAAAGAACGUCAAAAGUAUAAAAGAACUAGAACGCGAAGAUCUCGAUGCAAUAUCGAAGCUGUAUCUCCAAAAACUAAAAAACUAAAUGAUGUGUUCGACAAUCUAAAAGAUACUAUCGAGGGUGAAGAAAAAAUAAUGCUAGCUGACAAGAAAAGCGCUAAAGAUCUUACCAUAUUUAAUUACACGAGCGACAGCGAAGAUGAGGAUUUUAAACAGAAGAAGAUUGAGUUACAAAAACGAACAAAUGGCAGGGAGUCAUCUACUGAUACUUAUAAAAAACCAAAUACAAAACGUAAAAAAACCACAAAAAGAAAUACAAGAAGUAAAAAGAUAAUGAAGAAGGAAUUAAUGGAUGAAAAAGUGAGAAAUGCAGCGCCUAAAACUCUAGAUACUUCCUUCGUAGUUGAAAAGGAAGUUAAAAAUAAAGAAGACGAACAUUUGAUACCUGUUAUUAAUGCUCCUGAAUUCGAAACCAUUCCUGAAGAUAAUCUAGUCAUUCCAAAAGAAGUGGCUAAAUCAGAUGUGGAAAAGACCACGAUAAUCGAGAAAAGUAAAGGUAUAAAACAGAUUAAAAAGUCUAAGAUAAUGCUUGUUAAAAAAGAAAGAGGCGUUGAUGACGCUAAAGAAGAAGUAAAAUUGAUCAAUAACAAAGACGAUGAACGAACAAUUAGUCCUUUACCAGGUCUCUUAGUAGAAACUGUCAAAGAUAAACCAAACUUAGAUGAUUCAUUACCUUCGAAUAUGAUUCAGAAAUUUAAAAAAGUCUACCAAGAAGGUUGCUUGUUUGUUGUUGACGCUUUUAAUGAGACUAACGUUACUAAUACUACUCAAAAUUUACUUUCCGAUAAUGAUAGAACGAGUCCGCAAAUGAAUAUUACUGAAGAGUUUAAUAAAAUUCAUGGAGAGGCUGCUAAAGACGAUAAUACGGCGAAAUGUACUAAAAUAUCUCAAGAUGUUAAAGCAAUUGAAAUUUUGCCCUUGACUUACAGUGAAGGCAGGCCAAGAACAGAAGGCAAGGGUAGUUUGAAGAAAACAAAACGCAACCUUAGACUAAAAAGUAAAAUUCCUUCUCUGAUCGACAAUUCUGUCGAAGAUAAUGUUGAAAAAUCGGCAUCAAAAAUCAAAUUGAGGAUUAAUAAUCUUGAAGAUAAUCUGAAUACUGAUAAAGAUAUCUGGUCUAAAAUGGGGACUCCAAAAAAACAAGUUCAAACAAUACAUGUCAAACAAAGGUGCGCGUCAUUGAAAUCAAAAACUAAAGAGAAUAAACAACAAAUUGAAACUUUGAUCAUUUCCGAUGUCUCUGAAAUGAAGUCCGAGAAAUCAAUUGCUACAGUUGGGAUUACAGCUCAUGGUGAUCUCGAUGAACUGCCACCAAGCUCUGAAUCUCUAAAAAUAAGACAUUUUCCCCGUGAAGUAGUAGACAUGGAUGCGUCAAUAAAAGAAUAUUACGUUAAACUUCACCAUCAAGUAAAUUUAAACAACACGAACUCUUCAAAAUCUAAAGAUAACAACGAUACAAGAAAGAAACAUUGCGACGAAAUAUCUAUAAAGACUUCAACACCACAAAGGAAUGUUGCCCACAUUCAGAGGCAAAACUCAAAAAUAUGGUUACGGUCCCAAAAAAAUUCCUCAUCGAGCGAUGAAAAAAGCGUAUCUGUAUCUAUACCUCGUAUUUCGUUCAACGAAAUAUCAAAAUGGCUGCCUUCUUCACGAAAUUCUCCGACUGACCACGACAAUUCCGUACCGAGUUUAUCCAAUGAUGAUUUACGAAAAUGUCUUCCAUCACCUCGAAGCUCUAACUCUGAAGUUUCAAAGAAAUCAAGCACGAAAUUACCAUUUAAAAGACCAACUACAAUUGUUCAAAGAGAGAUAGCUUCAAGUCAGUACACUAAAAGAAAAUCUACCAUAUCGCCUAUUAAACUUUUCGACAAAUUAUCAACAAAUACUAAAUACACUACUAGAAAUUCGACCAAAACGGACACUGUGACUUCCAGCAAUACAAACGACACUGCUCGAAAAGUAGAUACUAGUGUAAAAAAAAUCAUAACAAGAUCAGUUUUAAAAGAAAGUCAAGAAUCUGCUUCCAAACUAAAUGAUUCGACUUCAAUAAAGACACAGGGUGUUACUUUAAAAUAUGGCAGUAAAAAGAGAACGAUGGAAACUCCGAUAGAUGUUGAUGUGUCCAUUGGACCCAGUGUAUCAAGUGUAGAUUAUUGGUUCAAGAGGAAUACAAGUGCUGUUGAACAAGCAGAGAACAUAGGAAGUUCAGUCAAAGACAUAGUACAAAACAUAAUAGAAAAACUGGAAACAACUCUUUCCGAGAUACAUCAGGAUACCAGCAAACAUUUCAUACACCUAUUCGUGGAUACACAAAAGCAAUUGUCGGAUCUAAAAUCGCAACAGCACGACAUGUACCAGCAGACAGCUACUAAUAUCUUAACCAGAGUUCGAAAUAUCAUUGAUGAAGAAUUUAUGGAAUUGGAUAAAAGGACCCAAGAAAGAGAUAAUACACUUACUAGUUGGAUAAAACAGCAAGCCACAGAAUUUAUAAAGCAAGAUUGUCGUAAAAAACGCGCCAUGGUUCAACUACUUAAGGAAGACGCCCAGGCGGUUUUAGAGUACAUCAAAAAGACGAAGCAACUAGAAUAGUUUAUAAAAAAUAAGCUACCGUUAAAGGUUACAAACUUAAGUAAAUAGAGAUUAACUGGUGAAGUGAUAUUUUUCGUAUGUGAAUUAUAAAAUAGAAGCAGUGACAGAACUAGGGAGAACGCUUGGGUCUUACAUUUUCCACUGC